AUGAUGUCGUCUAAAGUAGGGGAUGCCGUAGAAAAGAAAAUCGAGUACAAGUGCACGGAUUGCGACGUGACAGACGUGCAGUGCAGCGGCGAGAGUGUAAUGGCAUCUGGCCUAGUCAGCGUCGCGAAGGAUUCAAAGACGAUCAGCUUGAAGUUUUCCAGUUUUGAAGACGACAACGCGUGCGUAUACCGUGGCUUUUUUAAGAAGAAUACGAAACUUUACACAAACGUUAUCGCAGUUAUUGAAAAAGUGACCGUAACUCCGCCUGCUCCGAAGCCUUCUCCUGAACUUGAGAAGCAGAUGGAAGUCGAAAUACCGAUUAAAUGUGAAGACUGCACCUUAGACACGGUAUCAGUUAAUGGUAUUGGUUUGGAAGCGGCCCUUGCCGUGGAAGCAAAUUUGACAAUUGCCCCCGAUAUCUAUUACACGGUGACACCGACUUCUGUCACUGUCCACAUCACCCAGUUCAGUGCCACGUUUGAGGGCGUCUACCAAGCAGUGUUCGAAAUGAAAGGAGAGCAUGUGACCAAAACUAUCCUAGAUAUAAGGAAUCCGAAUGACAAAGCCGAUGUCAUCAUUGAAAAUGCAUCGAAUGACAGUGGGGCUCUGACUUCCGAUGGCAACCAAGCAUCUACAACCAUUAUGUCUGACCUUACAACAGGAAACGCAACUUCCUAA